UCUGUUUUUCUCCAUUUCUUUGUCAAUGACAGAACCUCCUCAAAACAAACAUGUGAAAUCUUUGACUGAAAAACAGGAAAAAAAUCCAUAUAACUGAAAGAAACACAGGAACUUAAAAAAAUAUUUUAAAAAAUAAAGUUCCAAAUAAAUUACUCAGAAAAUUAAUCCAAAUAAAUGCAAUAUGCUUCCCUAACUCUUACUCUUUUUUUUUAACACACAAAAUGAUUUUUACUGAAUAAAAAGUUUGUCGCCUUCACUUUUUUUAAAUUAUUAUGAUUAUUUUUUAGUUGCUGUCCUGCUGUGUCCCAUCCUUUUCAAACAACACCAAUACACUGAAACAAUACGUCCAACAUUCCUCGAAUACUCAACUCAACCGAAUGUUCAAACAGGGAUUGAGACUGUCCAAAAGUUCCCACCGGCGCUUGUGAGGUGGAGGUUUUUGGGUGGGCAGGGGUGGCGCUUUAACACUUGACUGACAAAAAGACAACAGAAGGGAGAGCUGCAACGGCUCCAAUGAACUGACAAGACCUCCGGGAAGUCGGCUUCCAUUUGGAAUAUCGGCACGGAUGGAGGCCACCGAUCUGAUGUGACUCCUCUUGCUUCUCUUGGGACCGCCAGACAAGGAGCCUGACAAUUUCUUCACGGCAUUGCUGUCAAAAUAAUUGGAGUCUCAGAAGAUGCCAUCGGAUUGCCGACACUGACCCCCAAUGAACUACAUGACCAACAAUACCUCUAACACCACGGGAGGCUCCUUGGACAGUAGCGUCAGCGAUGGCGCGGCCGGCCUGUGGGUGACGUGUGUGCUGGGCGCCACCCUGACGGUCAUGUGGCUCCUGGGCACGGCGGGCAACGCGUACACGCUGGCCAUCACGCGCUCGGCGGCACUGCGCCGCAAGGGCUCCGUCUACAUCUACGUGGCCAACCUGGCCCUGGCGGACCUGCUCUACCUGUCCACCAUCCCCUUCGUGCGGUGCACAUCCUUCCCCCCCGUGGUGAAGCGCAUGUGCUUCCCGACGUGGACCCCGGAGGCUUUCAAGGCCUACGUGGGGAUCCUGUUCCUGACCAGCGUUCUGAUCCCGGGUCUGAUCAUGGUGUCGCUUUAUGUGGGCCUCGCUCGACGCUACUGGGCCAGCCAGGCCCGUGCGGGAGGACGGGCCCGCUCGGCCCGACGGCGAGGACUCAAACAGCGUGUGGCAGUCAUGAUCUUUAGCAUCGUGGUGGCCUACUGGGCCUGUUUCCUGCCCUUCUGGGGGUGGCAGCUGACCCAGCUCUUCUCACCGGAGUCCCUCAAGGCUCUCUCCGCGGCCACUCACAACUACGUCAACUUUUUUGUCACCUGUCUGACAUACGGUAACAGCUGCGUCAAUCCUUUCCUCUACACUCUGCUGACCAACAAUUACAAGGACUACCUGGCCCAGAAAGGCCAGUCCACGCUGGCUAGCAGAAUGGAGACGACAGGAAGCUCGCCCUCUCGGGUCUCAUAGACCGGCAAGUCUUGACUGAAGGCUUCGGCUUAAGGUGAAAGUGAUUUCCCUUCCCUUAUUCGGCUCAGGGGGAAAACGAUGGAUUUUUACAUGAACGUGAAUAUUUUAAAAUCUUUAUAACCCACUUAUGAAUCAUUUUCUGGAUAUCAAAACAUAAUCCAUUAAUUUGCCCCUUUUAAUGCAAAAAGCGACUCAAGGUAAACUCUGUACUUUAUAUGUUCAUCAUCACAUUAAAGACCUUUCCGAAACCAGGGAUAAACCUCUUUCAAUCAAUGCAAAGUGGUACCCAGUGAUCAUUUAUUGAUACUUGACCACCUCUUUGCAGGGUAGACUUUUUAUGAUCAUUUAUAUUUGGUAUUAUUUUUAGCUUUCCCACAUGGCCGCGCACACUUUCUUCUUUUUGGAAAUGUAGUCACGCAAUGUUACAUUCCUCGGCCUCUUCCCA